AUGCCGCCCAGAAUAGAGGUCCUUCAUCGCCUAGGCACCGUCGGCUUGUGUCUGCGGCCCGCCCUUCGUCCUGCAACUCCCAGCUUCCUCCCGGCCGUGCAGACGGCCAGCCUGUCGCAGAGGGAGAAGAAGAGAAAGGCCAAGCAAGACCCGUACAAGUGGGCGCAGGCGCAGCAGCGAAAGAACGCCAAUCUCAAGCGCCGCGAGGAGCUGCAGAAGCAGCGGGACGAAGCGUGGGGAGACCCCGUCUCCGGCAAGCCCACGCCGUUUCUCGAGUCGCUCGACAAUGCCGGCCAAGACUCCCACAGCCAGGUUCCGCGGGAUGCGAGCGGGAACGCCCUGGAAACCACUUGCGAGCUGCCCACGACCCCGGGACUGCGAAAUCACUUUCUCACCGACUCGGAGCUCGACGAGGCCACGAAGCUCGCCUACGCUCUUGGGAAGCCCAUGGUUGGCGUCGUAUCGGCGCAGCUGGGCUCCCCUCUAGAAACGGAUGCUCAAGCCGUACACGAUCGGAACCAUGCCAAAGCUGUCGAGGCAUUGAAACGGAUAACGUCUUUGAGGAACGGUAGCGCCAAGGACCGGUUCCACGCCAAUGUUCGCCGCAUCAUCGACGAGUUUGGACGGCACAAGACGGACAAGUUCCUGGCGCCCAAGCCGCAGUCCAUCCAUCCCAACACCACGCCUAUGCCCGGUCGUGCUGGUCCCGAUACUGGCAGCUCCGAAGUGCAGAUUGCUAUUCUGACGGCAAAAAUUCGGAACCUGUCCAAAGCCUUGGAGAUCAACCGCGGAUACAAGGAUAAGCACAAUAAGAGGAACCUGGCACUGCUUCUUCACCGCAGACAAAAGCUUUUGAAAUACAUGGAGAGAAAGGAGAGAGGGAGCGAGCGAUGGACGCGCAUGAUUGCAAAGCUAGGCCUCACGCCCGCCACUUGGAAGGGACAGAUUGACUUGUAG